AUCAAAAUGGCGGCCCCCAUAGUGAGUUUUUCGCGAAAUGCAGCUUUUAUACGAGGCUGUUCGCAGCUCUGUCGGCGUACAAAAAGACCGUUAUCUAGAACAGCCUGCUUUUCAAAGUGUUCAAAAAGUCUGUCCACGUCCGUGCCAGUCCGACAUGACUAUGACCUGGUGGUGAUAGGCGGGGGUUCAGGAGGACUAGCCUGUUCUAAAGAGGCUGCCCAGCUGGGAGCCCGUGUCCUGGUGCUGGACUAUGUGGACCCCUCCCCCCGGGGCAGUCGCUGGGGACUGGGGGGGUGCUGCGUUAACGUCGGCUGUAUCCCAAAAAAACUGAUGCACCACGCCGCGCUGCUGGGGCACGCCAUACACGACGCAAAGAAGUACGGCUGGAAUGUGCAUGUUGAUCCCACCAUAGACUGGUCGACCCUCACAACAGUCGUGCAGCAGCAUGUCAAGUCACUCAACUGGGGACACAGGGUGCAGCUAAAGGACAAACAGGUGGACUAUCAGAAUGCAAAGGGUUCUUUAGUUGAUGCCCACACUGUGAGAAUGCUGUCAGCCAGUGGACAGGAGACAACAGUGACAGGCAAUAACAUCGUACUGGCAGUGGGAGGCAGGCCCAAGUACCCAGACAUCCCAGGUGCGAUGGAAUAUGCCAUCACCAGCGAUGAUCUGUUCAUGCUGGACAGACCUCCGGGGAAGACCCUGGUCAUCGGAGCGUCCUACGUGUCUCUGGAGUGUGCCGGUUUCCUCACAGGUCUGGGCUUCCCCACCACCGUCAUGAUCCGCUCCCUCCCGCUGCGGGGGUUCGAUCGACAGAUGGCAGACCUCGUGACGGACCACAUGGAGGGGAGCGGUACUCGGUUCCUACGGCAACACGUUCCCAUGGCGAUAGACAAGAUGGACAACGGGCAGUUACAGGUCGUGUGGAGGGAUGGAAAUGGCCAGCAGGGUGGAGACACAUUUGACACAGUUAUGAUGGCGGUCGGGAGGUUUGCCAACACGGGGACCCUCGGACUGGAUACAGUCGGUGUGGAGUGGUACAGCGAAUCAGGAAAGGUGAUAGGUCAAGUUGAGAAUCCUGAACAAAGCUCGGUGCCCAACAUCUACGCUAUCGGGGACAUUCUGCACGGGCGUCCCGAGCUGACUCCUGUCGCCAUCAAGGCAGGGAGGCUGUUGGCACACCGGCUGUUUGCUGGCACACACGAACACAUGGACUACGACAAAGUCCCCACCACGGUCUUCACUCCACUGGAGUACGGCUCCGUCGGACUGUCUGAGGAGGCGGCGCUGGAGAGAUUUGGUAGUGAGAACGUGGAGGUGUAUCACGCCUUCUACAAACCACUGGAGUUCUACAUCCCCGAACGGGACGCCUCGCAGUGUUACGUAAAAGCCGUGUGUAAACUAGACGGGGACCAGGAAAUUGUUGGGCUGCAUUUUCUUGGACCAAAUGCGGGGGAGGUGACCCAGGGUUUUGCGGUGGCCCUGCGGUCAGGCCUGACGUACCAGCAGAUGGUCAGUAGUGUGGGGAUCCAUCCCACAUGUGCAGAGGAGGUGGUGAAAAUGGGCAUCACCAAACGUUCUGGCCUGGACCCAACUGUGACGGGAUGCUGAGGUUAAAGUUUAGUCCCACAUAGAAAUCAGUAACACAAACCUGGAUCUUCAUCAUCAUCUUAAAAUUGUUUGGAAACAGGUUUCCAGUACCAAAUUCAGUCUCUAUCAAGGCAAUCCAACGCUUUCUGUGAUUUCUGUUUAUGAAUUUUCAUUCAUUACAGUUCAAACCAGUUUCAGAAAUACGCUAAAAACUGUUUCCAUUAUUUUUCUAUACAUUACAUGUAUAUGUAACAGACAAUACAGCAUAUGAGUAUUGACAUACCUAAAUGCAAUUGUAAUUUAUGAUAUUAUGAACUCACAUUUACCAGUAUAGGACAUAUAAGACAGUUACUCUAACUUUAGCUGCACUGACUAACCUGCACAUCAAUAUUGUUAGAACUGCUUGGAAUGUAAACCUAUUGUGCACAGCUUUGAAGAUGAUGUUAAGGACAGGUUAUGUUUUAUUGGUAGUGGGACUACAACACAGGUAAACACAGUACACAUCUGUAACUUGUUAACUGGUGAAUCGUAUUUAGCUGUUUAGGUAUGUGUUCAAUUUCAAAUUGUAGUUUGCUUUUAAUAAUCAAAAAGAUGUUUAAUAGGUUGCUGUUAAAUGUAGACUAAUAGAUUCUGUUCCAAAUCAUUUGUAAUUUUAAUUUCCAAAUUACGUGUUUCUAUAUGUAGUUAGGUGAUGUCUGAUUGUUAAUGGUCAAGUGCUAAGGCCACACCAAUUUGAUUUCUUGGUUAACGGAUUUUUCUAGAAAAAUAAUGGAGCGGGCGGGCGAAAAAAAAUAAAAACAGGUC